UUCAAUGUUUUACCCGAAAUAGACGCCCCAUUCGAUUCGAUAUUGCAGGUUGAUUUGUAUAUCAUCCGUUGUUGUCGUCGGACCUUCCUCGUGAUCAAUCAUAAUCCCGCUAUAACAACUCAGCGGACGAUUCUGGUCGGUUGAUUAUUGUCGUUUAUGACUUACUCUACCUGUUCCUUCAUGGAAUCACCCACUCCUCGUUCCUCCAAAUACGAAUCGAACCCUUUUGUUCUUACAGGACCCUAAUUUCAGUAGGUAUGCGACCGGAGAUGACUUUCAAUCUAAGAAACGGGGUGGGGUUAUAUCUGGAGACAAUGACGAACUCGCUUCUGAAAGCCAAAAGGAACAACGCAGUGUUUGAUUUACAGGUUGUACACAGAACAUGAAAAAAGAUCCAAUUAGCUUUCUCCAUGUCAUGGUCAUUGCUAAUUAUUGAUCUACUGUGUGUCAAGUUCAGUGAUUUGAUGUAUACAUCAAAUUGUUGCUAAGAUGGACUCACAGUUUUUAUUUGGGCUUCAAGUUGAGAAACAUGACUGUUGAAAUGUCAUGAGAAUAUGUUUACUGGUACAAAGAGCUGAAAAAAUGGUUGCUGAUGAAAGAAAAGAGAAAUUUGUUUGCUGAGUAUGUAUGCUUGGAGAAAAGAGCAUUUGUUAUAUACAAUAUAUACGUAUAUCCAAGCCAAGCAGAUUGUGAAAUCAACCACUGAUGUUAAUCCUGAUAUUGCUGAGCUCCUUUAGCUUAUUUGUUGGUCUUGUUACUCUACAAGUUAAUCCGAUCCCAGAAAAUUCCUGACCCAGGAAGCUUGUUGUUCAACAAUUGGAUUGGAAAUCAGCCCUUCCUUUAAACCCACCUGCAAACCUGCAACUAGCGACUCAUGCGAUUUACACAGCAACCAGGAAAUAUCACUACAAGAAUAAGCACCUAUAGAGACGAUAUCUAUAGGGACGACAUAUGUCGUCGCAAUAGUGCCCUAUAGGGACGACAUGUUGUUGCCAUAGAGUUGACUAAUUAUUUUUGACUUUUGAAGUUACAACGACGAUCUCUCGUCUCAACAUGUUAGGCGGGAACGAAAGUGAAUUUGACGCGUUCUUGAAACACCUAUGGGGACGACAUAUCACUCCAAUAAAUAACAAAAAAUAAAAAAUAACAUGUUUUAAAUCCUUUGACGGAAAUAAUGGGGGAAGGUCGUUUUGGGGAUAUCUAUAGUGACGACUUGUCGUCCUCAUAGCUCUCUACGGCCAAAAUUGGAACAGCCCCUUCGUUUCAUUCACGCACGCUAAGUAAUCAAUCAUCGGUCUCUCUCGAUUGAUCGGUCAAAUAUUCUCCCCUGACGACUUCCUCACCUCCCACCACCGGCAAAUCUUCUUCUUCUCUCCACCGAUCCUCAUGCUAGUUGCCGAAGACCACCGACGAUCAGCUUCAACACCGACGAUUCCAACUGCCGGCUUCCUUUUCACCCCCGAUUACGAAUUCUAACAAUUACAAGCCCCACUCUGGCGACCUAGCUCUCAUAGAAAUCAUUGACGGAGAGGAAUGUCGAACACCGUCGUGAAUGGCCUUGUCGGAGCUGGCGGAGGUAUCAUUGCUCAAAUCAUCACGUAUCCUCUCCAAUCGGUACUUAUUCCUUCCCUUUUACUCUCUCUGUCUACUUCCUAUUCGUCUGAAGAAGAUGCUGAUAUGACUGACAAUGCUGAUCUACAUACAACAUACCUUCAUACUAAUGGAAAUGCUGGUCAUGGGAGCUUACCAGAACAUAAUAAUGCAAAUGGAGAGCAUAGUGUAUCUGGAGACCUGCAUGGUGUUCAACCAGAUCCUGUAGCUGCUGAUAUUCUUAGGAAAGAACCAGAGCACGAGACCUUUGUAAGGCUGAGAAUCAACCCAUUUGAGACACCAUCUUCUGAUGAAACAAAGGUUAUAGAGCAUUACAAGGUUGUCUUGAGAUGCGAAAGAGCUAUGUGUUCAGAGAAAGCAUUGCUCCAUGGGAGAAACAAGUUAUAUCUGAUCCUAGUUCUCCAAAGCGUAAUCCAAAUCCUUUUUUGA